AUGGCGCCAUCUCCGCAAACAAUAGGCGAAUUCAGCGUCCUCCCGAUCUCGAUCCCUCCCGUUCCGUCAUUCCCUCGCAAUGUCGUUCACUACCUCUAUGUCCGACGAAACACUCCCAAGAUCCCCACAGCCAACGACUCCAGGAGUCUCUUCCUCGCAAAUGUCCCCAUCGACAGCACAGAGCUUCAUCUUCGCGCUCUUUUCGCAUCACUAGUCGGCGCCGGCCGCUUCGAGAGCGCUUCGUUUGAGGAUGAGAGGAAGGAGGCCGAGGCCGUUGCCGCCGCCCUAGACGCCGCGCCCGCACAGGCGGUACGAUUACUGGCUGCCCACGGAAAGAAGAGGAAACGCGAGGAUCAAGAGGCUGCCGAGAGAGCCGAGGAAGAAGCUGCUGCCCGACUCCCCAGCACAUGGACCCGACCACUACGAAAGAGCGGCAGCACUGCUGUCGUGCUGCUCGCCGACGAAAAGAGCGUCCACCAGGUUCUGAAGGCGAUCGCAAAGGUUCACAAAUCCAAGAAAUAUCCCACAUGGGGCGGCGAAGGAAAUGUCGUGGCCGAGCGCGUACCACAGCUGGGUUCUAUCUGGCUUAAGGCGCACAACCAGCUUUCCUACCCCGAUCGGGAUCAGCUACAAGCCGCCGUGGAUGCGUUCUCGACCAUGUUCGCCAGGAGAGAGAGAGAAGCGGCCGAGAUUGCCAAGCGACUGCGCAACGAGCCGGACGAGGACGGUUUCGUCACGGUAACACGCGGUGGAAGAAGCGCCCCGGCCACCAGGAACGAGGCCGAGGAGGCCAAGAAGAAGAUGAUCGAGAAGGCGGAGAAGAAAAAGCAGGAGAUGACGGACUUCUACAGGUUCCAGAUGAGAGAGCGCAAGAAGGCCGAGCAGGAGGAGCUGGUGAAGCGGUUCGAGGAAGACAGGCAGAAGCUGGAUGCCAUGCGCCAGAAGCGCGGCAAGUUUGUUCCCGAAGCAUGAGCGGUAUAACGUCCAACCAGGUUUCGUUACCUCU